AUGGGAGACGUUUGUCCCACCGAAUACAAGACCAACCUCGAUGCGGCAGCUGUUGCCGGACAUCCUGGUGGCGACUUGACCUGUCCAUCGGACAGUCACUGCGUCUUCGGAUCGACUGAUGGAGCUGGAUACGUGCAUUAUUGUAUGAAUGGAAGCUACGCAGCCGGCUUCCAAACUGGGCUUUGCCCACCGCUUGAGGCUGGAGUCGAUAAGGAGGGAAAUGCGGGAGCAGCCAAUGCCCGAAACUGCGAUGACUGCCUUUGCCGUAACGUCGAUGGCAAGGACCUGUGCUUUGACUCAUCUGCGAUCUGCUCCAGCAGCUACGAGGGUGUCAUCCCCCAGGCUGAUGUCGUGGAGAUUCCCGACUCCGACCUGGCGUGCCCCAACGGCUCUAGCUGUGUGUUCGGCACCACCGACGGCACCGGAUACAUCUACUAUUGCGUCAAGGCU